GCAGAGCCCAUCCAUCCAUCCAUCCAUCCAUCCUGCUCCCCGCCCGGCAGCAGCGGCCACUGGGCUGGGAGAGAGGGGAGCCCCGAGCAGCCCGGCCCGGGGGCCGCUGGACACUGCGGGGCUCCUGCUGGACACUGCGGGGCCGGAGCGCCCCCCGCCCGCCCUGCCCACCCCGCCCCGCGGAGGGAUGGGGAGGAGACCCGGGCCGGGCACCCGCGGGGGCAGCGCCCAGCCCGGCUCCCGCCGCUGAGCGCCGCAACCGAACCGAACCGAGCGGAACCGGGUGGAACCGAGCCCGGCCGGGCCCCCCGGGCAGCGCCCCUUUGUCUGCGGAGGAGGCGAGGCGGGGGCGCUGCGGGAGCGGAGCCGCCGCCCCGCACCCUGCCAGAGCGGCAGGAUGGCGGAGAAGGGCAUGGAUCCCGCCUGCGUCUCCAUCGCCCUGGAGGACACGGUGUGCCACGCCGGCCCUCCCGACGCGCCGCUGCUCACCACGCACCUGAAGAAGGUGGAGAACCACAUCACGGAGGCGCAGAGGUUCUCCCACCUCCCCAAGCGCUCGGCUGUCAACAUCGAGUUCAUCGACCUGUCCUACUCCGUGCGGGAGGGGUCCUGGUGGAGGAAGAGAGGGUACAAGACUCUCCUGAAAUGCCUGUCGGGGAAAUUCUGCCAGCGGGAGCUCAUUGGGAUCAUGGGCCCCUCGGGAGCUGGGAAAUCCACACUCAUGAACAUCCUGGCUGGCUACAGGGAGACUGGCAUGAAGGGGCAGAUCCUGGUGAACGGGCGGCCGCGGGACCUGCGCACCUUCCGCAAGAUGUCCUGCUACAUCAUGCAGGAUGACAUGCUGCUGCCACACCUCACCGUGCUCGAGGCCAUGAUGGUCUCUGCCAACCUGAAGCUGAGUGAGAAGCAGGAGGUGAAGAAGGAGCUGGUGAACGAGAUCCUGACGGCCCUGGGGCUGCUGGAGUGCUCCUACACCCGCACCAGCUCCCUGUCCGGGGGGCAGCGCAAGCGCCUGGCCAUCGCCCUGGAGCUGGUCAACAACCCGCCCGUCAUGUUCUUCGAUGAGCCCACCAGCGGGCUGGACAGUGCCUCCUGCUUCCAGGUGGUGUCCCUGAUGCGCUCCCUGGCUCAGGGCGGGCGCACCAUCAUCUGCACCAUCCACCAGCCCAGCGCCAAGCUCUUCGAGAUGUUCGACAAGCUCUACAUCCUGAGCCAGGGCCAGUGCAUCUUCAAGGGUGUCGUGACCAACCUCAUCCCCUACCUGAAGGGCCUCGGCCUCCACUGCCCCACGUACCACAACCCCGCUGACUUCAUCAUCGAGGUGGCCUCAGGGGAGUACGGGGACCUCAACCCCGUCCUGUUCCGCGCUGUCCAGAACGGGAUGUGCACCAUGGCCGAGAAGAAGAGCAGCCCUGACAAGGCAGAUUCAUGCCCCACGUGUGGGACGGACGUGGAUCACAUCGAGAGCCACACGUUCGCCACCAGCGCCACAACUCAGUUCUGCAUCCUCUUCAAGAGAACCUUCAUCUGCAUCCUGCGGGACACGGUGCUGACCCACCUGCGGUUCAUGUCCCACAUCUGCAUCGGGGUGCUCAUCGGGCUGCUCUACCUGCACAUCGGCAACGACGCGGGCAAGGUCUUCAACAACACCGGCUUCCUCUUCUUCUCCAUGCUCUUCCUCAUGUUCGCUGCCCUCAUGCCCACCAUCCUCACCUUCCCCCAGGAGAUGACUGUGUUCCUGAGGGAGCACCUCAACUACUGGUACAGCCUCAAAGCCUAUUACCUGGCAAAGACCAUGGCAGACGUGCCCUUCCAGGUGAUCUGCCCCAUCGCCUACUGCAGCAUCGUGUACUGGAUGACGGGCCAGCCCCCCGAGGCCACGCGCUUCCUGCUCUUCUCCGCCCUGGCCACCGCCACCGCCCUGGUGGCCCAGUCCCUCGGGCUGCUCAUCGGAGCUGCUUCCACUUCCCUGCAGGUGGCCACCUUUGUGGGACCUGUCACUGCCAUCCCCGUGCUGCUCUUCUCGGGCUUCUUCGUCAGCUUCAAGACCAUCCCCACCUACCUGCAGUGGAGCUCCUACGUCUCCUACGUCAGGUAUGGCUUCGAGGGGGUCAUCCUCACCAUCUACGCCAUGGAGCGCGAGGACCUGGAGUGCCUCGAGGACUUCUGCCCUUUCCAAAAGCCCAUCAAGAUCCUGCAGGAGCUGGACGUGGAGGAGGCCAAGCUCUACCUGGACUUCCUCAUCCUGGGCAUCUUCUUCGUCAUCCUGCGGCUCCUGGCUUACCUGGUGCUCAGGUACAAGGUCAAAUCUGAGAGAUAAGGGGGCCGUGGGGCCCCGGUGCCGUUCCCGGGCCUGGCCUGCUGUGAGAGAUGUUCUGCAGAUGGACACGGUGCUCCUGCAGGUCCCAGACCGUGGUGGAGGCACUGGGAGGUGCCAGCCAGGCCUGGCUCAGUCGAGAAGGGUUUUGAGACAUCUCGGAACUGUUUUAACCUUUCCACACACACACUCUUCAUUGCAAAACGUUUUGUACAGCCCUGGCAUGUGCCACUGUCCUCCCCCAGGACUGACAGAGCUUGGCUUCCCUCUUGGUGUCCCUGGGGACAGCAGGGACAGCCCAGCCCAGGUGUUUGUGCCCAGCACGGCUGGGAGGAGCCUGGUCCAUGCAGGGGGAGCAGCGGCUGGGGCUGGGCUGGGCUGGGCUGGCAGGAGGGAGCUGCAGAGCUGGAGGUGCAGCUCAUGGUGCCGUUCCUCGUCCUGGCCAGCAGCGUGGGAGUCAGUGCUGAGAGGAGCCCAAAGAUGCCACGGUGGAGCUGCACAAGGCUUUAGAGUUUCCUGUUGCUGUAGCCACAGAGAUUGCUGCAUCCCCCUUUUAUUUCUGUGCAAAUCCUCCUUCUUUUUGUUCCUUUUUCUUUAUUUUUUUCCCCCACAAGCCCCACUGCAUCUACAGCAAAGGGAGCAAACAGGCAGAGAAGAACUUGGGGCUCUGUCUCAGACCUCUGCUGGGACAUCAUCCUCAGAGAUGGGAUCUCCAAAGCAGAGUCUGUGGGAGCAGGACAGUGUUCUCAGACCUUAGGGAGUCUCACAUUCAGUCCCUGUUGUUUCUGGGGUCUGAGACAGGAGGAUCUGAAGCAAUUUAGCCACCAUGGAGAGAAGUGACUGGUCCCUUGCACGGAGCAAGGAGGAUUUCACAGAACCUGCCCGUUCCCACAGCCUGCCCGUGCCAGGAGGACGGAAAACAGGGCUGGGCUCAGCUGUGUCACCGCUGGAGGCUGUGCUGCAGGAGCAGAGCUGGCCCUGAGCCCUUCCCUGCAGCCUCUGUGCCCCAGCUCCCCCGGGGCUGCCUCAGCACACGAGCCUCGCUCAGCACCGACUGCAGGAGGGGACACCAAGGACACCCAGCCUGGCACAGUGCCAGCCCCCAGGGUGACACUGGGCACAGGGGGUCCCUCUGCAGAGCAGUGCCUGCACUGGAAACCAGGUGAGAUGCCAGGCUGGUUUGUUUGCAGCAGGUGGCACAGACACUGGGAAGGCCUUUGCACUUAGUGAUGGUACCAGAAGGUCCCUUUGGUGGCUCUGGUGGCUGCUCCAAACUCGCACACCUUGCAGAGAGAGGGAAGGCAAUUCAGCACCGUGCUGGCUCUCCAGAGGAACUGAGCUGAGCCCAGAGCUGCUGAACCAGGGCCAUCUGCAGGUGCUGCUGUGCUGGGAACACAGCACCCUGCUCCCCUGCCCUGCCCAGCUCCGUGGGCAUGCUGGCACUGCUGGGAACACAGCACAGCUCCAUGGGCAUGCUGGCACUGCUGGGAACACAGCACCCUGCUCCCCUGCCCAGCACAGCUCUGUGGGCAUGCUGGCACUGCUGGGAACACAGCACCCUGCUCCCCUGCCCAGCACAGCUCUGUGGGCUGGCACUGCUGGCACCAGGCUGCACCCACAGACAUGGGAACCUGCAGGAUUUUGGCAAGCGUGGACGUGGGGGAGGCAGAGCCCUGCCCCACCCUGGCAGGCUGGCCCUGGUUCAGGGGAUCCUGCUCCUGGCACUCUGAGCAGCCAGGGAUGGCAGGGCAGACGCCAGGUUCCAGCAGAGUCCUGGGGAACGAUCUUUGGCUUUGCUGGCUCGGGCUGGGGCUGCACAGCAGAGUCUGGCUGGCCUGGCACUGAUGCUGGCACUCAGCAAGGCUGAGCUUCCCCUGCCUGGAGGGCAUCGAGGAAUGUUUGGCCACGGGGCUCUCCUGGAAGCAGCACCCACCCUGCUGCCCCUUCCACGCUGAGCUUGGGGUUAUCCCCAGGGGCUGCUCUCUGACUUUUCACUGUCCCUCACAAAAUUCCCCUCUGCUGCUGGGCCUUCCUGCAGUGCUGUGCUCUGCAGUGGAGCUGCGCCAGCUGCAGGGCUGCCAGCCGCAGCCACAGGGACACGGAGGGGUGGGGGACAGUCCCUGUGCUCUGUCACAAGGUGCACAGGUGGGCAGGGAGCUGGGGCUGUGGGGCUGUCACCCUUGUCCAUCUCCUUGUCCCUGGAGCUGGUGGGAUGAUGCCUGGCUUCUGUCCUGCUCUUGGUGGGCUGGGACCAGUCCCUGCUCUGCUGGGCUGAGGCUUUUCCCUGGGUGGAUCCUGACAUGCAGGAGGUGUCCGUGGGGCAGCUCUGCACAGCUCCUGCUUCCCCCCUGGCAUUUGGGGCUCUCCUGGUGGGUCCUGUCUUCUGCACCCUGGGGGUGCUGCUGUCCCCAGUGCUGUCCCCAGCACCCAGCACACCUGGACAGCCCUGUGCCAUCACAGCCAGGGCCACCACUGUCCCAGGAGCACCAGGACAAGGAGGACUGGUGUUGGAGCAAAGGGGCCACCAGCAGGCACCAGGGACAGCCACUGGCCGUGUCCCCCACGCCCAUGGAAGGCUUUGCUGAGCAGGCUCUGCAGUUUGCAGUGAAACCCCACGGAACAGGCACUGCCAGGGCAGGUGGUUCCCGCUGCUGGGCCCAGCCUGCCUGGGCUGGGGCAGCACCCUGGGGUGUCCAGGAGGGCUCAGCACAGCCUGUGCCCCCUGUGCCCAUCAGGUACAUGGCCACUGCGGGGCAGAGGGCCAGGACAAAGCCUGGAGCUGCAGGAUGGCUGUCCCCAAGCAGGGUAAGGGGACUGAGGGUGAUGGGGCAGAGCCCGGGGCAGCAGGACACAAGUGAAUGUGUGGGUAUGAAGGGGCUGAUGGGUGAGGGAUGGGGCACAGGGCAAAGGCACCCUCAGUGCUGCCUGAGGAGCUGAGCCAAGGUGUCACUGUGCUUUCCCUGUGUUCAAGGACAGCCCCGGAGGUGUGGAAGGUGCAGGGAAAGGCGAGGAGGAGAAGCGCGUUUGCACUGAGCCCCCAGGCUGGCGGGGCUGGGCUGAGCACCCCGGGUUCAUUGCCUGGGUGCUCCCUGCCCUGUUCCUGGGGUUUUCUCUGCCCAGGCAUGGCAGAGGGAUGGGGUGCAGCCGUCCUGCUCCAGGGGACCCUGAGGGAAGCAGCAAGGAUGCACUUUAUCAGAGCAGGGAGCAGAGCUGUGGGUGCUCCUGGCUGCAGGAACGCCACAAGGGAACGCGUCCGGAUAAUCAGGAGGAGCGUGAUGGAGGAGAGCAGGCUUCUUCCCCCACAGCUCCUCUCCUGCCCCUGCCCUCCCUUGUGAUGCACUUUGGGUGGAUAGGGUGGGGUUCAAGCUGUGGCUCUGGCUCCCUGGGAACGCCAGCUGAGCCUCAAGCCACCACAAACUGCUGCAGCCCCUUCGGCCCAUGGCUGUGGCAGGCUCUGCCUCUCACGGGGGCUCUGAUGGCAGGCAGGCAGGCAGGGCAUGGCCACUCACCUCCAUGCAUGUCCAGGCCACCUCUGUCACACGCACAAGAAGAGCAAACGCUUCAUCACCUGGCUGGGGUCUGCUGGAGGGGAGGCUGGGCUAGAACAGGGAGGGGAUGGGGCUUCUCCCAAAUCAGGCAAUAAAACAGUGUUUCCUUCUCACUGUGUGUGUGUGGACACCGUUUGUCCUGUCCCCCUGCCCUGGGCUCUCUGUGUGUGUCCCUGCCAUGCUGGGCCCUGUGAUUUUCCAGCUUUUGCUGUGUCAGGGCACCAGGCUGGACAAUGUGGGGCACGUGUGAUCCAGGGGGGCACCACACAGAGAAGUGCAGGCAUUGAAACUCACAUUUCCACACAACCACAGGUGUGAGCUACCUUCCUACCAAAAUAAGGGGCAGGUACCAGCUCAGAGGCCGAGGCAGUCUCCUGGCACAGCUCUGUUGUGCCAGCUGCUCCGGGGGCAUUUGCCCAGGUGGUUCUGCCCUGCUGGGAGGCGGCUGUGAGGCAGGAGCAGGGCACUGCUGCCCACAGCUGCAGCCUGGCAGGAACCAGGCAGGGUGGAGUGAGGCCCUGGGCUCUCCAGGCUGGGCUGCACACGCAGGUAAGUGCCCCGCAGGGCCGGGGUGCCAGGUGCCAGCUUGCUGCUCGCCCAGAGGGUGCCGGGAGCUGUUGGGCAGGAGGAGAUGCUCUGCUUUGUGUCGGUGUUUCCGAGAUGCCAGCUGUACUUGUUGGGUUUCACACAUCAAUAAAACUUAUAUUUAUAGUGUA